AUGAGAAAUAACAGCUAGUAAAAGGAGAGUAUUUCGUAAUUAAAGGAAGUAAUUAAAUUAAUUUAAUUUCAAGAUAAUUCACAAAUUGUAGCAGAGAGAGGCUUCUUAGAGGUUUGAAAUAGCGAAAUUAAAGAAAUUAUUAGUUGAGAGAAAUUAAGAAUAUAAGUUAGUAUCAGAUUAAUUGUAAGAACUAUAAAGAAUUUAGCAAAGAGUAAUAAAAAUGGUAUUAUCGAUAGGAUAAUCAAUAUAUACUAAAAAUAGACAACUAUGUUUCUAAUUUGAAAAAGAAGCUGUAAAAAGCAAACAUCAAAAUUGAAUCACUCGAAUCAAAGUUCUCCUCCUCGAGAGUUAAAUAAAAUAUAUCAAAUGACGAUUCCUUUAAUGGAAAUGACUCUUUUUAAACAGAGCCUGCCACCAUUUCCACUAAAUAGCCAAUCCUUAAAUAAACAUCUAAUCGUUCAAAUUAACCUUAUUCUGUUAAUAAACCAAAAUUAAUUUGUAAACCUAUUAAGGUGUAAUUACCCUAUCCAAACACUAGUUUCACAGAGAAUUAAGAAAUAUCAGAAAAUAACUCUCUCAUUAAGCCAAGAGCAUUAUAAGAAUAGAUUCUUAACAGAAUUCUAGAUGAUGAAGAAUUCAUAAAUAGUUUCUCUCAUUAAUGUGGAUAAAUGCAGACAGAUUUGUUCUCCUAUUACAAAAAUUAGACUCAACCUCUUAGUUUUGGAUGUAAUUCAAGAUAGAGUAAUUUCAGUUUUGCAAAUAGCGAAAAAAAGUAGAAUCAGAAUGAUAAGUAAUAGAAACAAUCUAAUCGAUAAUGUAUGCAUAUUUAAUUAAAGUUUUAGAUCAUUCUAUGUCUAUUGACGAGAAGGAAAACCAUAAUAAAUAUUUUAAUUGA